ACGACGAUGGCGGGCGCGCUGAGCAUCGACACCUUUAGCGCGUGGGUGUCUAUAGCGGGUGUGUCAGCGCCGACAUAUGGCUUGCGCUACCGCGACUCUGAGGCGAGCUGCUGGGUGCCGUCGCAGGAGGGAAAGAAAUUCUCAGUGAACUGGAGCAACGCUUUCCGCGAACGGGCCAUCUAUGCAGAGCUGUGGAUCGACGGCGUUUCGUGCAGCACCCACUUUAUGCUUGACGCGACCAACUACCCGGGCGACGCGAGCGCAAUUGGCGUGUCAUAUGCGACAACAUCUGACUACACAAGAAGGGACUUUGAGUUCAGCAAGAUUGUGGUCACUGACGACGACGCAUACUUGCAUACCCUCGCCUCCCCGCCUGCCUUUGGGACGAUCCGGCUUGAGCUCUGGGAGACAAGCAUCACCAAUAUCCACCGCGCGCCCUACGCCCACAGCUACGGCGGGCACGUGCUCGAGGCACAGGUCAUCCACGAGACGUCGAAGAAGGCCGGGGCCCACCAUGUCAGAUUCGGCGGGGAGUACGCCGCCCCGCAGCAGCUUGUCAACAUAGUCAGCGGUGGGAAGCAUGGUGUUGAGCCGCUGGCGACGUUUGUGUUCAAUUAUCGGCCAGCGGGCAUACUCAUGGCGGCGGGCAUCAUGCCCCGCAAGCCGGCACGACUCGCGCUGCAGUCGGGCUCACGCGCCAAUGUUAUUGGCCGGGUUAAGCAGCAGGCUGAGGUAGAUGUGGACGAGCAGAUAAAUGACCUGGAGGCCCAACUUGCGACACUCAAAGCGCGUAGGUUUCAGAAGCAGGGGCCGAGCGACGGGUGGCGCACUGACCCGCGCACCGGGCGCGUAUUGCCGGUGUUCGAUUGCACGGAUUUGUAA